CUUCGGCGAGCUGCUCAGGCUCGUCUCGCGGUGCUGUAUCUCUCAGCAUUUUUUGAGAAAAUCUUCCGACCUAACAACCAACUGAUAAAAUAGAGUGGACCUACAGGCGCACGUUUUAACGGGUUGGGCCACCCUGCCUGCCGCCUCCCAUCAUGCCUUUGGUGACGCGGAAUAUAGAGCCGCGGCACGUGAGCCGUCAGACCAUUCCUUCAAACAUCCGCAGCGAACUGGAAUGUGUGACUAACAUCAGCCUGGCCAACAUCAUCCGGCAGCUCGGCAGCCUCAGUAAAUAUGCAGAGGAUGUGUUUGGGGAGCUUUUUAUCCAGGCUGGAGCCUUUGCUACCAGAGUCAACACGCUGGGGGAAAGAGUUGAUCGCCUACAGGUUAAAGUCACCCAACUGGACCCCAAAGAAGAAGAGGUCUCCCUGCAGGCCAUCACUACCAGGAAAGCCUUCCGCAGCAGCCUGACCCAGGAUCAGCAGCUGUUCACCAGGCCGUCUCUGCCUGUCCCUGUACAGGACACUUACACCACCUGUAAUCCUCCACCACCUCUCAACCAGCUCAGCCAAUACAGGGAGGAUGGUAAAGAGGCUCUGAAGUUUUACACGGAUCCGUCCUACUUCUUUGACCUGUGGAAGGAGAAGAUGUUGCAGGACACCAAGGACAUCAUGAAGGAGAAGCGCAAGCACAGAAGGGAGAAGAAAGACAACGUGAACCCGAGAACGCUUCAUCCUCGAAAGAUCAAGACCAGGAAGGACGAGUGGGAGCGGCUGAAGAUGGGACAGGAGUUUGUGGUUCCAAAGAAUGACAAAAACGGACCGGAGGGCAGCUUCGAUUCUGGAGAGGGCUUCAACUCGGAUGUCCUUGAGCAAAGCACAGACUCUUACCACCUUGAGCCUGGCUCGCCUCUGCCUCCGCCUGGCCCUGACGACAUCCUGCCUCCUCCACCCCCAGACAUGGCGUUUAAUGAUGGAACAGCAGCUCAGCAGAGAAUGAGCAUGCUGAGUCCAACCCAUCCUCCUCCGGCACCUCCUUCUAUGUCUCCCCCACCGAACUCCCGCCCAAACCUUUCCCCACCCCCACCUCCUCCACCGCCCCCACCCUCUGGUUUUGAUCCACCUCCUCCUCCCACUGCCUUCAAUGGCAUUCCCUCCCCACCUCCACCCUCCUUUCCAUCUCCACCCGCUCCGCCUCCACCACCCGAUAUGCCCAUGGCUCCUCCCCCACCGCCACCCCCUACAGGUGGAGGACCGCCACCCCCGCCGCCGCCGCCUCCACCCCCUGGGCCUCCUCCUCCACCCUCUGCCUACAGUGCUCCUCCUCCACCUCCCUCGGCCGAUGGUUCGGCCCCCAGCUCGGCUCCAAAACCUCAGCCAGCUCCUGUUAGCGAUGGUCGCAGUGACCUGCUGCAGGCCAUCCGACAAGGUUUCAACCUGCGUAAGGUGGAGGCUCAGCGGGAGCAGGAGAAGAGCGAUCACUUUGGCAACGAUGUGGCCGCCAUCUUGUCGCGCCGUAUCGCCGUGGAGUGCAGCGACAGCGAGGACGACUCCUCAGAGUUUGACGACGACGACUGGUCCGAAUGAUCACGUCUCCGCUCAGCUUCACUACCACCAUCUUACCUUAUAGCCUUGAUCAACAUCUGGUCAUUUCCUUUUGUAUUACAUUCUUCCAGUAUGAGUUUGUUUUUCUAAGCCACUCUGUGCAGGCACCAUGAUGUUUUUAAAAUCACAUUCCUUUACCAGUUUAUUCCAAUCAUUCAAACUUUCUGAGGCCUGAAAGUGUGACUGGUUGCUUGUAUCCCAGUUUGCCAACGCCUUCUUAAAGCAGCUCAUAGUGGUUGAUGUAACAGUAUUGCGUGGAGUGAAACUCUACUCCCUCCUGAUCAUCUGCAUAAACGAAUCACUUCUGAUUUUGACUUUGUCGUUGGUCAGAAUUUUGUGCCUCAUUUCAUUCACUGUCUGACAAAAUUAAUAGAACAGGUUUGCAUGAACGCUCAAAACAUCCUCAAUUCACGGUUGCUGCAUGUCCUCCAAAGAGACAUGAAAUAUUGACUUUAAAGCAGGGGUGUCAACAUCCAGUCCUUGAGGGCCGGUGUCCUGCAACUUUUAGAUGUGCCUCUGCUGCACCACACCUGAAUAGAAUAAUUAGGUGAUAAGCAAGGCUCUGGAGAACAAGGAGGAGGUAAUUAAGCCAUUUCAUUCCAGUGUUUUUGUACCUGUGGCACAUCUAAAAACUGCAGGACAGCGGCCCUUGAGGACUGGAGUUUGACGCCCCUGCUUUAAAGUAAUUUAAUGCCAGAGAUGUGUGUUUCUAUUCCAUUAUGAAUUCAAAUGAUUGCUGUAAUUUUAAAUCCCCUUUAAGUCACGUCUGCCAUAUUUUCCAUCCCAUUUUUAUGUAUCAAGUCCUUUCUUCUGUGGAACAAAUAAUUGGUAAAUUAACUAACCAUUAAUGGUUGCAAGAUAUUGCCAAACUGAACACAUAAAUAUAAGGUAUUUGUAUUGAAUUUUAUUUGUAUUAUGUUUUUUUCCUGAGACUGUCUUUGUUUUUUUCUUGUGGGGGGGAUGAAUCAAAUUCUGUUGCUUUAAUCAGUGAUCAAAUGAGGCAGACGUUUGCCUCAUCCAGUGCCUUUCUACUGGCAGUUUAGUGUCUGUGCUUUAAUUUUUUUAAGCCUAUUUAAUAGCAAGUUUAAUUGAUUAAUCAAAUUCAAAGUGCCUUUUAUGUAAAGUACAUUGGUUCUGCUGCACAGUUGCACAACAUGUCUUGCCAAAUUGAUGCUUUUCCUCCUUUAAGUUCCAAAUGAUUUGCUUCAAUAAAUAUUACUUGAAUUUAAA